GCGGCCAACCGUUGCCCUCUGUACGACCACACAGCUGUGUGCCCUAGCCCGGCUGGGUCGGUAGCACGACACCCUCAUGGGAUCUCGCGGGAUUCACGAGCUGCACGAUGGCGUCCAGUGAUACCCAUCGCGGUUGGCUGGUCCGCUCAGGCCCGAGAACUGAGCUGAGCUCAUCUGUCAACCCUCCUGGCCGGUAUAUACCGUCUCUCCUACCAGCCAAGAUUGACUCGUGAUCUCAUGCUACCUCGGGAGACUUGCAAAUGGCUGGCCGGUCCGGGAUGCUUUGCGGUGCGUUGUGCUCAAUGUAGGCUGGGCCUGGUUAGCCUUUCGUCAGGACAGCCCGCCUCUGCACAGACUUUCUCGUGCACAUGAACGGCCGGCCCGCCCACGAACCAUGCAUUUGCAUUUCCUCUUCGCGCCGUUUCCUGGCUUUACUGGCUCCUGCCGGCCCUUGUUGGCACGCUGGGCUCGCGGAUGCAGAGGCCAGGCCCAUAUGCGAGGACGGAGGGGCCACCAGGGGCCGCACACAGGGGUCAAGGCUCGGGGCACCUGGCCAGAGUUACUCUGGGUGAUUUGCGAACCCCAUGAGGCUUGUCGUCGCUUGCGAGUCGCGACUCACGCACAUACACACACACUUACACGGCCCUGGAGGAGGGCGGGCAGUCCACGCUCCACACGGGCAGAUUUAUACACGCUGCCCCCCUCCCUCGCCGUGCGACCAUGCCCACAGCAGCAGCAGCAGCCAGUACAUAUUCUAGUACAUAUUCUGGUGCAUCUCUGAGACAGACAGGUCUUCCUGGUUUCACUGCUUUUCUGCCCACCCGGCUGUCUGUCCCUCUGCCUUUCAUCCUGCGCCCCUCCUUGGCAUUUGAUACUCUCUAGCAGACAUAUCAGCCGCCUAGUACAGCCACCCCGUCUGCCUGUGCAGGCCACGACACUCAAGAUGAAGAUUCUUUUCAUCUGUACAGCACACAACUCCCUCUCCCAGAGGUUAUACCUCGCACUCUCACAGCUCCACGCUGUCACCAUCGAAUAUGCCCUCUCCGACGAUAGCAUGCGGGAGGCUGCCCGCCUGGCCAAGCCAGACCUCAUCAUCUGCCCCUUCUUGACCACCCGCGUGCCAGUCGACCUAUACGAGGAGUACCUGACCCUCAUCGUCCACCCCGGCCCCCCAGGCGACGCUGGCCCGUCUUCCCUCGACUGGGUCCUCAUGGGUGAUGAUGGUUCCGAGCCCGACGCUGCAGAACUUCUCAAGAAGGACACCCUGAGCGAGAAUGGCAGGCCAUAUUGGGGCGUUACUGUCCUCCAGGCUGAGGCCGAACUCGAUGCUGGGCCGGUCUGGGCAUAUGAGCAGUUCCCCGUCGACAUCGACGAGCCGGGCCUCACAAAGUCGGGCUUAUACCGCGGUCCCGUCACACGCGCUGCCGUCUCGGCGUGUCUUGCCGCCGUUGACAGGAUCAACGCAACCGCCUACACCUCGGCCCCCAUGACUCCCCCGCUGACGCCAGGCUCGAGCAACUGCCCGAGCCCUGUAUACCGUGCCAUCCACCCAGGCCUGAAGGCAAAGCCCCAGUACAAGGAGUUGUCCGUUGGGCUCCAGAAGCCCUUCCUGGGAGGCGUCACACAUCACCGCCCGCUCCUCAAGGCCGGGCAGCGAGACUUCAACAUCAAGACACACAGCGCCAAGGAGAUCUCCAGGAGAGUACGCUGCGGCGACUCACAGCCCGGCUGCCAGAGCUCUAUCUUUGGCCAGGCCAUGUACAUAUACGGCGGCGUCGUCGAUGACGGCUCGUGGAUCUCGGCUGUCAACGCUGUCCCCGGUGCCAUCAUCGCCGUCCGUGACGAGGCUGUCUGCUUCAAGACGGCAGACCAGCAUGGCAUCUGGAUCACCCACGUCCGGCGCAUCAAGAAGAAGACGGACCCCAAGCUCUGGCCCAAGGUCCCUGCUGCCUUUGGCCUGUGCCAGGUCGGGCUGCUGUCAGACGAUGCCGUGGCCAAGCUCUCCCGGCCGAUUGCCACCCAGUCCCCCUGGUCCAAGCCUCCACACGGCACCUUCCAGGAGGUCUGGGUCGACUUCGUGGCCGUCGACGAGGUUGGACACUCACGCGUGGCGUAUGUGUACUCGGACUUCUACAACGGUGCCAUGUCCACCGCCCAGUGCAGCAAGCUCGUCGAGGCCCUGGCCUACGUCCUCAGCACCCACACCCCCAACCACCCUCUGUCUGCAGUCGUCAUGAUGGGCGGCAACGGCUAUUUCAGCAACGGUAUCCACCUGAAUGUCAUCGAGUCAGCCGCCGACCCAGCAAUGGAGUCCUGGGACAAUAUCAACCGCAUCAACGACGUGGUGUACUACCUCCUGCACGAGUUCCCCUCCCGCAACAUCCUCACAAUUGCCGGAAUCCGUGGUAACGCUGCUGCUGGCGGUGUCGCGCUGGCCGCGGCGUGUGAUUCCGUCGUGGCUGGUGCCGAUGUUGUCUUGAACCCGGCUUACCGGGCACUCGGGCUGCACGGCUCCGAAUACCACAGCAUCAGCUACUUCGCCCGAUGCGGCCCCACGGGCGGCAGGCGGAUCCUGAGGGAUAUGACGCCCAUCUCGGCGUAUGACGCGCGUUCCAUCGGCCUCGUGGACCAUGUCCUCCCAGGCUAUGGCGCCCUGCUCGACACGAGAAUCAGGAACCACGUCAAGGCCGUGGUGCGCUCCUCGGCGCCGUCCACCCCCAACGGCAGCCCGACCAGCAGCCCGACCUCGAGGAGCUCCAGCCGGGGCAUCCUCAGGAACAGGAGCAGCGCGCCCAGCCUGAAGAAGAAGACCAGCGGCAGCAGUAUCAACGGCACCUCCAGCGGGCCGCGCUAUGCCCCUGGCGCGUGGAAGAGCAACGCGGACAUCACCCCACAGGGCCUGAACCUCGCGCGGGCGACGGAGCUGGGCGAGAUGUCGCGGGACUUCUGGAGCCCCCGGGCGGAGAGAUACCACACCAGGCGUGAGGCAUUUGUGCGCAAGAUGAAGGCCACAUCGACCCCGCUGAGGUUUGCAAAGCACCGGAGGAGCGACAAGGACGCGGGGAAGCUCGACGAGGAGGAGACGGACGAGUAUGACUCGGUCGAGUAUUUCGCACAGAAGCAGGCCAGGGAACUGGAGGAAAGAAUGGCCAAGUUGGUCGCACAAAACGCCACCAAGGAGGUCGGGCGGCCCGAGGGAGAAAUCGGCGUUGCUGUCACUGGAGAUGCACCCGUCCAACCCAAAGACCAAGGCCCCGUGUUUGCGUGUUAUUACAACGGCGCCUAAGUCAAUCAGGCGUAAUAAAGAAAAGAAAAAGAAACGUGUGAGGCGCGGCAGUCCGUUAUGAUUUUGACCUAUCACAUCCGAGUCAUAUCCACCACCUGAGGCGGCUGAGGUUGGCCGUCGGCCGCAUAAGUUAGUUGUUUUUUCUGAGACAAUAGUCUCUGAGCCUCAAAAUGAAUUCAUUUUGAUUAUUUCGACCACAAUAGCGUCUUGUCUACAUUAGACAACCCUCAGAUAGCAUAUAAAUCUAGCCCAAGCUCCUUAUGCGAGCAGCCACCA